CUCUCCCCCCGCCGCGGACGUUGCGGCGGCGGCGAAGCCACGUCAUCCGGUGAUCAUCUACACACACUCCCCAAAAGUCAUACACACAAACCCGAAAGACUUCAUGGCUCUUGUCCAGAAACUCACCGGAAUGUCGCGAUCCGACGAAGAUUCCACCGCCGUCGGAGAUCGCCGGGGGAAAUCUCCGGCGACUCGUGACGUCGCCUCCAACCACGGAGAGGAUCAGAACAAAACCGUCAACAACAGUAACGGUAGCAGAAAUCAUCAGCUCCAGGGACGCAACAGCAACAGAAGCUGCUACGCCGGAAACCGGAGGGGCAUUUUCGUGAAUAACGCGAUUUUCACGGAGGACAGCGAAUCUUCGUCGGUGAUAACGACGGAGGAGAACAUCGGAGAACAAGGACAAGUGAACUCGUCGUCCUGCUCGUUCGCGGCGGUGCCACCGCCGUAUCCGCCGCCGCCACCGCCAUCACCGGCGAUGUUCGAUGUCGCUUCGUCGUCGACGUCUCCGGCGAUCAAUUACGGCGCGUAUUUGUCGGGGAUUCCGAUUUUCGCAACGAAUCCAUCGGAUGGAUUCCACUGCGUGUCGAACGAAUCAUUGGCGAAUUUCGAAAUGGAUCCGAUGUUCUUCGCCCCAAACAUGAGAAGCUCCUUCUCUUCCUCCUCGUCUUCUGGGUUCGAUGGCUUAACUGAGUUUCGAGAUUUCUAGAACUCCGAUUUUUUUUAAAAACAAUUAAAUUUAUUCGUCUACAUAUUUUUUUCGGCUAAUAAAACUUCACAGGAGCGAGGAUUAAUAAAUCGCAAUAAUUUCCUUCA